AGACAUGGUUCGGUCGACCCUCUACCUCUUGGCGCUCGUCCCGCUAGCGGCGGCCAAGCCGCUCGUCUCCAGGAGAUGGGACUCGGACUUUGAGGUCAAGCACGCGUGGAAUGAUGUUCCGAAAGGCUGGAAAUGCCAUGGUCCCGCGCCUCCGGACCAUGUUUUGGACAUGCGGAUAGCUCUAAAGCAGGACAGGCUCGACAUCUCAUCACCACAUUGGCGGUACGGCCAGCACCUGUCCAAAGAAGAUGCAGAGGCCUUAGUCGCGCCGCAUCCAGACUCUGUAGAGCUCGUGGAUGCAUGGCUCGCUGCGAACGGCGUGCCGCUUACCCAUGUCGAACGGUUGAAUGGCGGAUCUUGGCUUUCCAUUCUGGUCACCGUCGAGCAGGCAUCUCGCAUGAUGAAUUCUACCUAUAGCAUCUACGAGCACGAUACUACAUCUGAGUAUAUUGUUCGCACGACAUCGUACAGCCUUCCCAGCGUGCUGCACGCUCAUGUUGGGGUGAUCACGCCAACCACCUACUUCGGCACCAUGCGCGGCAUGCGCGCGACAAGUUUCCUGCAGCCCCAGAUCAGGCCGCUCGACAAUGAUAUUGAGACUGCUCCGAAGCUGACCGGACCCACAAGUCUGGCAACGGUGCCGUCCAGUUGCGCGACUACGAUCACACCGGCUUGUCUUCGCGCCCUGUAUAAUACGACCUCGUACGUGCCUCAGGCGACCGACGUCAAUCGACUUGGCGUCGCGGGAUAUCUCGAGGAAUUUGCAAACGACGCGGAUCUUCAGACCUUCUUCGAGAAGUUCAGAACAGAUGCUGCUGGGGCUACAUUCCAGCACGUGCAGGUUAACGGCGGCGAGAAUAACCAGAAUGACCCCGGUGUAGAGGCAAACCUUGAUAUCCAAUAUACGGAGGGGAUGUCCUUCCCCACACCGAACGUCUACUACAGUACCGGUGGUUCGCCUCCGUUUACUCCGGACUCAAAUACUCCAUCGAAUACAAACGAGCCCUAUCUGGACUGGCUCAAUUUCAUCCUUGCGCAGUCCAGCGUGCCGCAAACGUUCACAACUUCUUACGGUGAUGAUGAACAAACGGUACCUUCGGACUACGCGACCGAGGUCUGUAACCUCUUUGGUCAGCUGGGUGCACGCGGGAGUAGCAUCAUGUUCAGCAGCGGAGAUGACGGCGUCGGCGCUGGAAAUUGCCUCUCCAACGACGGCACAAACACUGAGCGCUUCCAACCCAACUUCCCCGCAAGCUGCCCUUUUGUUACGACCGUUGGUGCCACCACACGUAUCAAUCCGGAGGUUGCGACCAGCUUUUCCGGCGGCGGAUUUUCCAACUACUUUGCUCAGCCAAGCUAUCAGUCAUCAGCGGUCAGCGCAUUCCUGACAAAGCUCGGCUCGACUAACGCUGGCCUCUUCAACACGUCGGGGCGCGCGUACCCCGACGUCGCAGCCCAAGGCGAAGGCUUUCAGGUCGUCGUUGGCGGACGCAUUGAAUCCGUCGCAGGAACUAGCGCCAGCUCACCCACGUUCGCCGGUGUUAUUGCCCUCUUGAAUGACUUCCGGUUGUCCCAGGGCAAGCCGGGCCUUGGCUUCCUCAACCCAGCCCUCUACUCUACUCUCGUCGAUGGUUUCAACGACAUCACCUCUGGUUCUAACCCAGGAUGUGGUACAAACGGAUUCAGUGCGGGAGCGGGAUGGGACCCGGUUACUGGUCUCGGCACACCCGACUUUGGCAAGCUGCAGGCCCUCAUCGGGUGAUUUGGGUGAUAGUCGGCCUUGGAAGUGUGCUAGUGCCCCUUCGGCGAAUCGUUUGUGCUUGAUGUGUGUAUGCGUUUGUAGAGCGCCAUCAACCACACACAUGUUCCUACAGCACACAUCAGGUCGAUCAUCCCGGGUCCCGUUCGUUCUUCGUCGAGGUCUGCGUGCCUCAGAUAUCCUUGUGUGUCCUUGUAUUUUGACGGUCUAUGUCCGCUCC